CCCUGCAGGUAAUUCCGCCUUCACAGAGCAAACACCUCCCUGCCUCGGCUGACUCUUGCCAAACAAAAUACUUUUUUACGUCCUCCUCAAGUAGCGUGAGUAAAUCUUUUAUUUCAAAAAAAGUUUUGUUAGCAGCGCAAAUGGGAGAAAUGACGGAUCAAAAGAAGUUUACUGAAGUUAUUACUCAGAUCUUUAAAGACGCGCCAGCUGCCAGGAAGGGUCUGGUUGAUAACCAGAGUAACCUCCUUAAAGUCGCUGACUACUGCGAGAACAACUUCCUCCAGGCAGAGGAUUCCUCCAAGGCUGUUGAAGAGGCCAAAGGUCUGGCUGCCCAGGCGCUGGCCAGUGUGUCCUACCAGAUCAACAGUCUGGCCAUUACCCUGCUGAGGCUGCUGGACUCCCAGGCCAUGCAGAUCAAAGAUAUGGAGUCCUCAAUCAACCUGCUGUCGCUGGCUGCAGCUAUCCACUUCGAGUCGGUAGCCAGGAGAGAGAUCGGUGCUUUUACUACUCCCAAAAACAGGACUCGCACCAAGCCUCUGACCCCACCGGCUUCAGGCAAGGAGCCGCAGAGAAGCUACUCCAGAGUGCCAAUAUCUUUCUCCAUCUUGGACUUCACUGGACACUGUUUUGAGAUUGCUGAGCAGCAGCAGCAGCAGCAGCAGCCCAGAAAGAGAGCAGACACCACAGAGAGCAUACAGAGCACUUCAGACUACUCUGUAUCCAGUCUUGGUAUCGCUGUGCCUCCGCCAUCAGUCCCCACUUUGCAGACUGCCUCCAACUCCGCCGACGAAAGCCUGCCUCCUCCUCCUCCUGCCGAUUUGGACCCCAGUAUGCCCGCUCCUCCUCCGCCACCACCACCUCCACCUUCCUCCAUGGACACUGGCCUCCCCCCUCCUCCUCCGCCCACCUUGACCUCACCCACAAAUCUGCCCCCACCUCCCCCUCCACCGCUAAUGUCUCCGUCAAACAGCAGCUACCCGCCUCCACCUCCUCCUCUAGCAGGAGGAUCCCCUCUUCCUCCUCCUCCUCCACCUCCUCCUCCAGUAUCAGGAGCUGUACCCCCUCCUCCUCCUCCUCCACCUCCUCCAGUAUCAGGAGCUGUACCCCCUCCUCCUCCUCCUCCUCCACCUCCUCCAGUAUCAGGAGCUAUACCCCCUCCUCCUCCACCACCUCCCCCUUUCCUACACUAAUGAACGUUAUCUUAUUGAAUGAUUUUAUUCUUGUAUAACUCGCAGGCCUGCUGGGUUUUGCCAUCAGAUGUGUAAAACGUGUGCGGCUGCAUGGGAAUUAUUUCUGGGCCUUGUUGUGAGAUCAACGUUAAGCAUAAAUAAAAGCUUGAAAAAAGUGUUUGUUUAACCUUGAGCUGCUGAAUGGCACAGUGUGAGCCUCUAAUGAUAUUUUUUUCUAGGACAGAAAAUCCCCCGUCAAAGUGAAACACUGUGCUGCGCAGAGCGCCGCAGCAGAGAUACCUCCGACAUGUUUCAACAACACCUUGACUGCAUUCCUAAGAAACGAGCUGAAACAGGGAAUCUUGUGUUUUCCUGUAAUGUGAUUUCACCUUCCUCAUUAUGUCUUCGUGUUAUUUAUCACAAUGUGUCUUAAUCAGUAAGAGUCACCUUAACAAGCCAGCCACCUUUAGCCCAAUACCGUCACUCUACUGUGUGGUGAGAGCAGUGUCAGUGGUGAUAAGUUGUUUGCGUCACCGGCUAUGACCUCAGUGAGUUCUGCUACUUUAAACAGGUCAAUGAGGCAAUAAAAAUGUCUGUUGCAAGUCAACACUCUACUUAACCUGCACCGCAUGGCUCGUACUUGGAGGUGUGAAACUUGGUUUAGAAAAUAAAACUGCCAUGGGGAUUUUUUUUCCUACAACUGAGUAAGUAUUUCCUCAAAUUAAUUUGACUGACUGUAUGCCUCACUGUAUGCACGCUGCAUGUAUUAGUCAAGCUGUCCAUUAUUUCAGGAUUCCCAUGUUGUGCGUUGGCAUCGUUCUGUGGGUUUUUUGUUGCUAUUUUGCAAAGAAGCGCAGAGAAGCAGCAGAAGGCAGGCCCCCGAGGCCCACUAACUAUCCAUCUGUGUACGUCAUACCAUUAUGUGAGGAGGAGGAGCAGGUAGAAGAAGAAGACGAGGAACUAAUGGACAUAUAUGAAGCAUAUUUUCAACCUCCUUACAGAAACCCUCCCAUGUACUGCUCUAGAAGUGGCAGUCCACCUCCUCCAUACAGGCUUGAACCGCCAUCCUAUCCAGACCCCCCACCUUCAUGCACGGACCCUCCAGCUUACUCAGAGCGACCCUGAUCCUCCUCAUCUCCCUCCUCUUCCACUUAAACCCCCCCUCUAGCCUGAACAUACUGUACUUUUUAUCACAGGGCCAGUCUAUGGAAGCAAGUGUCAAUAAGAUGUCGACAUUGUGAAAGAAUGUUCAGAAAUUAUUUCAAGUCAGUUUUUGUAAAGCUGUCUGCAUGGGAAAUUUAAGAUUGUGAAUGUGUAGGGGGGGGGAAUAAUGAAUGGUGAAUUUCAGCCCUGCGUUCACAGCUGAAAUCAGGGGCAACCUAUGCAAUUUAAAGGUGCUCUAUGCGAUAUUUAGAGCAUUAAUAUAGCAGCAAACUAUUCACUAUGUAAAGAUAUAUGUGACAUAUGUGUUUAGGAUCCAAAUUAAUUAAGGAGAAUCUUUAUUUGACUGAUAAAACUACUGAAGUUUCAAAGACAACCCAGUUAAAACCCCACUAAUUUACCCCAUAUGUAUAGCAUAUCCGUUUUGACAAAAAGAGGUAAAAUAUUUGAGUUAAGGCGCUUAUUGUUUACAUUUUGUAAUAAUACUGUGGCUACUUUCUAGUGUAUGUAAUUUACAAAAUACAGUAAUUUAUACUCAUGAAUAAAAUUAAUUUAAGUGUAUGCACACUUUGAAAUUUACAACUAAGAAAGUGGCAUGUUGUGUUUUCUGAAAAGCAAAGUAGAAAGAUGGGUUUUAGGCAACAUUGUGAUUUCAGCCAUCACUAUUUGGGGGGGUUGUAAAAUUGUUAUCUGUUGGCUAUUAUGACAAGGUUUGUUUGCCGAAAGUAGAAUCAGAACAAGAGUGGUCUAAUAAUAGACCCCUGAGGGAUGCCGUGGUUGAUGGUUUGCUGCAGUAAACAGUGAGUUAAACAGAUUCAUGAAUGAUUUUGAUCAACACAUGGAAAGUAUACAAGACACAGAGCACACCUCCAAGUCCUGUAUCUUUAAAAAAGACAAUAAUGCUGUAAAAGCUCUUCAGGUCAUGUACUUCCCUCGGUGACACAUUAUCCUUUGAUAGCAACCCUGAGGGCAGGACAGUUUCUGUAUGUUUUGGAUCCUUAAAUAAGUAAUGUCAGCAGGUUGACAUAAUUCACGCCAUGACUUCGGUAGUGAAUGUCUUCCAAUUAUUAUUGCCAGCCUUGGUUGUGUCCAUAGCUGUGACACUCCUCUGCUUCUAUCUGCACGCAAGAAAGAAAAGAGCAGCAUAUGACGUCACCAUACCAGCACCGCAAGAUGACAACACGUCUUCAGAGCUCUAUACUAUUUCUUUGUCUGAAGAUCAGGCAGAAGAGGACAGACAUUAUGACACAUUCCCUCCUCGGUACAGCACUGUGGAUCCCCCGCCACCAUACUCGAUGUUUGACCCCAAGCUGACAAGCGUUUGGCUGGGGGGCCCGCCACCUGACUACGAGAUGUAUCCGAUAACGCUGCCUUUGGCGCCUCAUCACUGGACACCCACGAGAUCUCUGCACCCAACCCCACAACCCUCAUCCAGCACCCAUAACCACCCACAGCCACAGAGGCUACACCAGGCAUCCACGGGCUAAACUUCAUUUUAACUGCCAACAGACGCUGACGCACCUUCUUUUGUAUGUGUAUUUUGAAAAAUAGCAUCGUCAUUCAUUUUAUGCUGUGAUUUUAACUAAAAUAUAAUUUAAUAUUAACUGUAGACAGUAAAGCAAUAUUCUCAACAUUUCCAAUUUUAAUACAUUUUUAUAUGAACAUCAAAACUACAGUGUAGUUGUCCGACUGCGUCUACACACCAGCAGAAUCAUCAGAGCACCAAGUGUUUCUCUAUGUUAUACUAUAUACUCUUUAUUACAAUACAGUACUUACAAGUUUGAGGGAAAAUAAAAUAAAUAUUCAAUGAGUUGCCAGUAUUACUUUUCUCUAUUUUCUAAGAAGGAACAUGUACAGUGAGUGUUUCCUUGGCUUUUUGAACCAUGUUAAGGCAAAAGUAAGUAUGAAUUUGAAGCCACUGAUAAAUAUUUUACGGUUUGUACAU